AUGCAGCCCCUCCGUGCUGCCGCCGCCCGCUCGGCAACCCGGGCGCAACUCCGCCACGCCACUACGGCCACCAAGCCUCGAGCAUAUCCCGUGGCAUCGACAGCAGCCUCCAAGACCACAGCGACGCCCUCCUCAGCGGCAAAGACCACAGCAGCUGCCUCCAAGGCCGCCACCCCAGCAGCGACCGCCGGCAAGCUCGCCCGCACCCCGCUCGCCCAGACGACCGGCCAACACAUCCCCGAUGCGCCGGGCUUCGGCACCCCGUCCACGCUCACGGGUGCCCCUCCACUCGCCCAUCUCGAGGGAACCAACGGCAGCAGCACCGCCGAGGCGGGUGCGAUAGACGCCGCCCAGCAACAGAACGGCGGCGACGCGAUCGACUGGUCCUCGUCAUACCACGGCCUCGGCACAAACGCCUUCCCCGUCGAGACGUCACGCAUCCUCAUGGCCCCGAUCGACCCGGAGGACGUCGAGGUCAAGCCCGACGGCAUCAUAUACCUGCCCGAGAUCAAGUACCGGCGGAUCCUGAACAACGCCUUUGGGCCGGGCGCGUGGGGCCUGGCGCCACGGGGCCAGCUCAUGGUCCAGGAGCGGUUGGUGACGAGAGAAUACGCGCUGGUUGUGCAUGGGCGAUUCGUAGCCCAAGCCCGCGGCGAGCAGCAAUACUUCUCCGACGACGGCGUCUCGACCGCCGCGGAAGGGUGCAAGUCGAACGCGCUCAUGCGCUGCUGCAAGGACCUGGGCAUCGCGUCGGAGCUCUGGGACCCGCGCUUCAUCCGGGCGUUCAUGAAGUCCCACGCCCAGCAGGUCUGGGUCGAGCACGCGACCACCAAGAAGAAGCGCCAGAUCUGGCUGCGCAAGGACGACGAGGUCCGGUACCCGUACAAGAAGAGUGUCGGUGGGGCUGCUGCUUUCGCGUGA